GUAGGUGUGCGGAGUACGUGAAUUUAGAAAAAUUGGAAUGAGUUAAUGGGAGGGAGUAAAAAAGGUUUGGAUGGACCUGAAACAAGCCAUGAGGGGUCUAGACUGGUGCAGCUUAGCAAUUGGCAGAUGAGACAUGUCGAAUUUUGCUCCUAGGAGGUUAUGUAUCAGAAUAUUUUUUUUUUCUUUCCUCCUUUUUCUUCUUCUCUCCUUGCUGCUGUUCGUCUUGGUGAGGUGUGGGUUUGUACAAAUGUUGUACUUUGGGUCCGAGGGGGAUGCAUAUCCAUGGGUUAGUAGAACGUGGGACGGUAGAUAGGGUUCCAGUAU